CCAUUCCCUCUGUUUAUAUCGAACACACAUUAGUUUAUUAGCUUAAAUUAACUUAAUUUAAACUUAGUUGCACGCAAAAGAUAGUAACUAUAAGUAAAUCGUAAAUGCGGCUCCUCAAGCCGGCUUGGGUGCAUCACGAUGACAAGCAGAUAUUCUCGGUGGAUAUCCAUCAGGAUUGCACGAAAUUCGCAACUGGAGGCCAGGGCAGCGACUGUGGACGCGUGGUCAUCUGGAAUCUGCUGCCGGUGCUCUCGGACAAAGCGGAAUGCGAUGCGGAUGUCCCGAAGAUGCUGUGCCAGAUGGAUCAGCACCUGGCCUGUGUCAACUGCGUCCGCUGGUCGCAGAACGGGCAAAAUCUGGCCUCCGGCUCUGACGACAAGCUCAUCAUGAUCUGGCGCAAAUGCGCCGGUUCGAGUGGCGUUUUCGGCACCGGCGGCAUGCAAAAGAAUCACGAGUCCUGGAAAUGCUUUCACACACUGCGCGGCCACGACGGGGAUGUCCUGGACUUGGCCUGGUCACCGAACGAUAUCUAUCUGGCCAGCUGCAGCAUCGACAACACGGUGAUCAUCUGGGAUGCCCAGGCAUUUCCGCAUUCGGUGGCCACCCUAAAAGGACACACGGGUCUGGUGAAGGGCGUGUCCUGGGAUCCACUGGGUCGCUUUCUGGCCUCGCAAUCGGAUGACCGGAGCAUCAAGAUCUGGAACACCAUGGACUGGAACCUGUCGCACACGAUAACCGAACCCUUUGAGGAGUGUGGCGGUACAACUCACAUUUUGCGGCUCUCCUGGUCGCCGGAUGGCCAGUAUCUGGUCUCGGCACAUGCCAUGAAUGGCGGCGGACCCACCGCCCAGAUCAUUGAACGUGAGGGCUGGAAGUGCGACAAGGAUUUCGUAGGUCAUCGCAAGGCGGUGACGUGUGUAAGGUUUCAUAAUUCCAUCUUAAGACGGCAGGAUAACGAUGGCAGUCCGAGCAAGCCCUUGCAGUACUGCUGCCUGGCCGUGGGCUCACGAGAUCGUUCGCUCUCCGUUUGGAUGACCGCCCUGCAGCGACCGAUGAUUGUCAUCCAUGAACUGUUCAACGACAGCAUCCUUGAUCUCUCCUGGGGACCAAAGGAAUGCCUGCUGAUGGCUUGCAGCGGCGAUGGCAGCAUCGCCUGCUUAAAGUUUACCGAGGAGGAGCUCGGCAAGGCCAUUUCGGAAGAGGAGAAGAAUUCCAUUAUACGGAAAAUGUACGGCCAGGGCUAUGCCAAUGGUCUCGGCAAGAACACCUCACCUAUGGAGCAUCCACAAAGACUGCUGCUACCUCACGGCGACAAGCCCACUAAGUUCCCACUCAAUAACAACAGCGAGGGCAACCAGCGACCCAUUAGCAAGCAAACGGAGACCAGGACCAAGGAUGGCAAACGAAGAAUCACACCCAUGUUUAUACCCCUCCAUGAAGAUGGUCCCACAUCCAUAAGCACUGAUAUUGUGUCCAGCAGUGGGACGGCAACAACAGCUUUAACUUCUUGCUCGGCGGCGGCCGGAGCGGUCUCUUGUGCUGCUCCCACGGAGAGCGCUGCCACACCCCUAAUGCCGCUGGAACCCUUGGUUAGCAAAGCGGAUCUGGGUCGCCUGGAUUCCAGAUUGAAAACCCAACCCGCCAACCAGCGCCGGCAAUCGCUGCCCUUUGAUCCUGGCCAGACCAGCGAAUUGCCACGUUCUCCGCGACUUGAGGAGCACCAGAGUAGUACCAAUGGACCCAGCAACCUCAAUGUCACGGCCACCGGGAAGAGUGAAUUUGUCAAGGCCGCCUUGGACUAUCGUGUGCAUGUCUCGAAUGGUCAUUUGAAGACUAAUCACGGCAUGCUCGCAAAAGUCACCGCUUCGGAUUCAAAGGAGAUGCUUUGGGAAUUCUAUGUGGGAUCGCCGAUAGUCAAUCUUAAUCUGUGUGGAAAGUAUGCCAUGCUGUGCUCCCUGGAUGGGAGCAUGCGACUCAUUUCCAUGGAGACGGGCUGUCCAGUCUUUCCGGCCAUCUCGCUGACCAGUUCCGCGGUGCAUUGCGCCUUUAGUCCGGACAACAGUUUGGUGGGCGUGCUGACCGAAUGCGGAUUGCUGCGGAUAUGGGACAUUGCCAAAAAGGUCAUCAGCCUGGCGGCCGGCUGCUUGGAGUUGCUGAACAAACAUGGAACGGCCGUGCAGUUCUCGGUUACGGAUCAGGGAAUGCCGUUGAUUGGCUUCCCCAGCGGCAACUCGUACUCCUACUCGACGAGCCUGCAAUCGUGGCUGGUGCUGGCCACCAAGGAUGCGAUCAUGUACCACGGCAUCCGGGGAACACUGCCCAGGGACAUGGACCAAAUGCAGCAGAAGUUUCCACUACUCAGCAUGCAGGCCAGCAGUCAGAAUUACUUUUGUUUCACUGGCGGCAUGGAGCUGAGGCAUUCGGAGAGCUGGCAGCAGAGUGCCAAAAUCAGGUUUAUCGAGAACCAGAUCAAGUUGUGCGAGGCCCUCCAAUCGCUGGAUGAACUGCAGCAUUGGCACAAGAUGCUCACCUUUCAGUUGGCCACCCAUGGUUCCGAGAAAAGAAUGCGUGUGUUCCUGGACGAUCUGCUCACCAUCCCGGAGCCGGGAAUAUCUCAGUUCGUGCCAAAGUUGGAGCUAAUGCAGUGCGUUCUGGACACACUGAAGCCACAUUCCGAAUGGCAGCGCCUGUAUUCAGAGUACGUGGAUUUGCUGAAGGAGUGCAAAUCCGAGAGGCAAAAGGAUAUCUUCGCCACACCCGCCCCACCACAACCGAAGGCAGCCUCGUCGGCGGGCUCAUCGCCAGGCGCUGGGCCUAUUGGGGAUGAGGCAGCCGGCGAGGAGGCCACAGAAAAAGGAGCCUCAGCAUCGGCAGGAGGAUCACCCACGGCGGUGACAACAGGCACUAGCACCACAACCACCACCACCAGCAGCUCCACUUCAUCCUCUGGGUCAUCUUCCUCCGGCUCCGGGUCGUCCUCAUCUUCCUCAUCCUCCUCGUCAUCGCUGUGCGUGCCACAGCCUGCUCCUAGUCCCUCCGCCGAGAUUCAAUCCCUAGACUCGCCCACCGUCUGCCUAGAUGAUGAGCUGUUGUCGGCCUCAUCUUCACUACCUCCGUUGGAUGCUUCUCCCGUGGAAAUUUCGCCAGCAUCCACAUCCGGUGGAGCUGCCUCCACAUCUCCGGCCGCUUCAGUGGCGGGAGCAGCUCCAGUUUCCAGUUCCAAAGCCGCUGAAAUAGAUCUGACAUGAGACGAAAGACUCCUAUCCCUAAUAAACCUCUUUAAUUGUGUUUAUUUCCCUAAGCUAUAAGCGUUUAGUGUAAAACCUUUUGUACCGAAUUAAAUUAGGAACUUUGUAAUCUUCCUGCCCGAAAAGAACAUCAGUUAGUAUGCAAAUCAUUAAAGUUGAGGUUGAAAUUGAAA